AGGAAGGAAGACAAGCUCUGACACGAAGUAAUCGACGAGGGAGGUGUGAGCUGCAAACUGGGCGGCAAUCGUUGCACCUCGUCCGGCUCUCGCUCUGCAAAUUGGCAUUGUAUUUGUAGUAGGGGGGUGAGCUAGGUGGAGCAUAGUAGUAGUAGUCUAGGUGAGUGCCUUGCUUUUUGCCCUCUUCUUCCCCCUUGCCCAGUUGUUAUUAUUACUAUUACAUCACCAAUGUGGUGUGAUAACCGAAUACUAAAUCGCUCAGGCUCGGCGCGGGGCGGGGCGUGCCCUGGGAGUCAUUCUCUCAUGUUCUUGCACCAUCUCUAUCGCCAGAUCUCCGCAUUCCUAGUCUGACCUCUCUCUCUGCUUUCCUCAACCUCCAUCUCUGCCUCCCUCGACCUCCAUCUCUGCCUCCCUCGACCUCACUCACUCUCCACCCCAUCUCUCCCUCUCUCUCUCCCUCUGUGUCGCUCUGUGUCUCACGCUGUCCUGGUUUCGCUCACUCUUCUGGUCUUUUCCUCUCCAGAUAUUGGUGGGGGAGGUUUGACGAUGUGGGGGUCUUUUUUGAUGGUGGUGGUGGUGGUGGAGUGAGGCAAGGGUCGUCUGUGGGACAGGGUUGACGAUGCUUGUGAUUCCUUUCUCAGGGAGUGGACGAGGGAAAGGUCAGAGCUUUUGAGGGGUGUGGGGGCAGCGGGCAGAUGUGAAGCUGAUGGGCCAGCCUGCUUACUGUGUGAGGGUUUGAUGGCCGAAUCCUUUAAUGAACUCAAGUGGAUGGAGCUGUUGAAGUCUUUGUAGACCUCUACCUAAAUUUCUGAUCAAUACUUGGCGUAUGUUGGAAAGACCAAGGUCGAGGAAUAGACCAGUGAUGACCCAUCUUAGAAGAAGGGCAAUUGCAAUGGCAUGAAACCCUGCUCCCUUAGUUUUGUUCUGGUCCACUUUGCGCCUUGAUUGCUUCAAGCAAGUGAGCUAUUAACCUCGAGUUAAAGUGAGGCAACGAUGGGUGUCCGGUCAGGUUGGGCGUUAUGUCUAGGGCUACUCUUCUCUACGACGAUGUGGACAGUGCAUGCUCAGUUUGUACCCACAGACCAAAUCCUCAUCGCCUGUGGUGCUGCAUCAGACGUAGUAGUUGACGUACGCCAGUUUAAGGGAGAUGCCCAGGCAACCUUGAAAAACCCUACACUGGAUGCCCCGCAGGGAGUGCUGGCUUCCAUCUCUGCUCCGAACACCAAUCUUCUUAAUCCUAAACUAGUCCAGCAGGCACGGAUUUUUCCAGUCAAUUCAUCGUACACAUUUCAAGUUACUCCUGGUCGACAUUUUGUCCGGCUCUAUUUCUACCCCUUUACCUUUAGCAGCUACACCCCCAAUGCCUCAACUUUUUCCGUGACUGCUAACCAAUAUAGGCUGCUUAACGACUUUCGACCUGUGCUAUACUCGAGCGAUUCCAAACCCUUGGUUUUCAAGGAAUACUCCUUGAAUGUGACCGCGAGCAGUUUGGUGCUGAACUUCUCCCCGGCCUCUUCUUCUUACGCAUUCAUCAAUGCGAUCGAGGUUGUGUCCAUGCCAGACAAUCUGGUCCCAAGGCUUGCUUUGUCGUUGGCGCAGCCUGGGACACCGAUCGCUUGGGGUUCUGCCAACACCGCCGUGGAGAUGAUGUAUCAUCUGAAUGUAGGUGGAGAAGCAGUGACCCCACAGAAUGAUUCUUCAGGGAUUUGGCGCACUUGGCAAGUCGAUGAUCCAUACUUGUUUGGUGCUGCGCGGGGAAAAGCCGAUUCCGUGAUUGCUGCAACGAUUCAGUACCCAUCACAAGUGCCCGAGUACACUGCGCCGCCAGUUGUGUACCAAUCUGCGCGAACUAUGGGUGUCAGCGAGACUGUCAAUGCUGCCUUCAAUCUCACAUGGACCUUGCCCGUUGACUUGGGUUACACUUAUCUUGUGCGCCUUCACUUCUGUGAGCUAUGGGUGACCUCGAUUGGGUUUCGCGUGUUCAAUAUUUACCUCAACAACCGGACUGCAGAAAACGGCGUGGACAUAAUUGCGCUGACAGGAAAUUUGAACUAUGCAGCGUUCCGUGAUUAUCUCGUCAGAAUGGACACGGGUGUAGCCAAAUUAUGGGUGCAAAUAGGGCCGGCGCCAUCUUCCUCAUCAAGUUACAAAGAUGCGAUCCUCAAUGGAUUAGAGAUCUGGAAGCUCAAUUCCACCACAGGGAGUUUGGGGGGUGGUUCGGGUGUCAAUGCCGGAGAGGAUGGUGGUAGUGGUAUUCAAACUGGAGCUAUUGCCGGAGCCGCUGUGGGAGGGGUUGCUGCUAUCGCCUUGGCCGCAGCGUUGAUUUUCUUUUGUUGUUGCCGGAAGACCUCCAAAUUGUCUCCCACCAAGAGCAGGAAGAAUGCACCACCGUCAUGGCUUCCUCUUCCGCAUCAUGGUAUCUCAGACACCAUGGCGAGUAAGAUGUCCACCGUCUCUCAGAAGAGCGGUACUGGAAGUUAUGUGUCAACUGUGCAGGGUUCCAAUCUGGGACGGUACUUCACCUUCGCGGAGCUUCAGGAAGCCACCAAUAAUUUUGAUGAAUCUUUGAUAUUGGGAGUGGGUGGUUUCGGAAAGGUUUUUAAGGGCGAGAUAGACGAUGGCACUAAGGUUGCAGUGAAGCGAGGGAAUCCAUGCUCUGAGCAAGGAUUGACGGAGUUUCAGACCGAAAUUGAGCUGCUUUCUAAGCUGCGACAUCGGCAUUUGGUGUCAUUGAUUGGGUACUGUGAAGAGCAUUGUGAGAUGAUCCUCGUUUAUGACUACAUGGCUAACGGUCCCCUCCGGGGCCACUUAUACGGGACCGAACUCCCAACUUUGUCAUGGAAGCAGCGUCUGGAAAUUUGCAUCGGUGCCGCUCGAGGCCUACAUUAUCUGCACACAGGGGCAGCGCAAGGAAUCAUUCAUCGUGAUGUGAAGACCACGAACAUUUUGCUGGAUGAGAACCUGGUUGCCAAAGUUGCGGACUUUGGUUUAUCGAAGACAGGUCCAAGUCUCGAGCAGACUCACAUUAGCACAGCAGUGAAAGGAAGUUUCGGAUAUCUGGAUCCUGAGUACUUCAGGAGGCAACAACUGACCGAGAAGUCCGAUGUCUACUCUUUUGGUGUGGUGCUCAUGGAAGUUCUGUGUGCACGGCCUGCGAUUAAUCCGGCUCUUUCUCGCGACCAAGUUAACCUCGCGGAGUGGGCACUGCAAAAGCAAAAGUCUGGGCUGCUGGAGUCAAUCAUGGAUCCCAAACUUGUUGGCCAGUGCAGCCGCGACUCAGUGCGUAAGUUCGGUGAAACAGCAGAGAAAUGUCUUCAAGAAUGCGGCGUGGAUCGGCCAGCCAUGGGUGACGUGCUCUGGAAUCUAGAGCACGCUUUGCAGCUACACGAAGUUGCAGCAUCAGGAUCAGCUGGGUCCACACAACCGAAUUUAAUGGAUGCUAGCGCCCCGAUGGUCUCUCUAAUGCCUCCGGCCAUGCCUACACAUCCUCUUGAUGACGAUGAUUCUUCAGUAUCGAGCGAGAAACAUAUUCUGGGCAGUGAUGAUGAUGACUUACUGGAGGAUGCCUCGGCAAGCGCAGUCUUCUCUCAGUUAGUUAAUCCACAAGGAAGGUGACUCGGUUCUACGUGUAAAUCAAAUUCAUGAAUGCACCCCAUGUAUGAUGAUCUGGGUAGACAUAGCGUCCUUGGACACUCCGCCGCUUAUAAUUGAGCUGGUUGUCUGUUUAUUAGUUCCAGGAAAGCUAUUGCUGUCAAGUGCUAUUGCAAAGGAAUGUGCCCUUGCCCAUACAUGGCAACAUACAGGGUUUGAUCAGGUCCCGCUUUUAGGUUUGAGCCCACCUGCAUGAUGUCAGAUCCAGCUGCUGCAGACAAGUUGUAGCUGCUCUGGCGCUUGCCCAAGGACGAAUGAAGACGAUCGAUAAUUUAAUCAGCCAGGUCGUAGCGGAUGGGGGAACAGUGGGAGUCGGCUAUGUUCUACUUGGGUGACUCACAGGUUGAAUCUUCGUUACAUAGCUCAAUACAUAUGAUGUCUGCGUGAACGUUUAGACUACAUCAUGAACUGCAUCUCCUUUCCUCCAUUAUAGAGACAUUGAUUAGGUAGAGAGGUACCUAAAUUGGUCUUCUGAAAUGGGCACAAUCUGGAAGUAGUGUUCAUUUCAGGUGUAUUGGAUUAUACGUUUUUCUAGGGGAGUUCCAGUCAGUUUAGGUACGUCUACCUUUUGUAAGCUUGAGCGCUUGCACUCCCAAGGCUGGCAAAUAGUUCCUAUUUUUGUUCCUUGUUUUUCAGCAAUUCUCAAUUCACGAAUUUUUUCAACUCACAAA